ACACGACGUGUAUAUAACACUUAUCACAGGCUAACGCGCGCUAACAAAUUUUGAUUUUUAAAGAUGCCUAGUUUAAUCGAAGAAUGCAAGGAAUAUUUUGCUACAGACAAUUUAUAUGAUGUUCUCGGGGUUAAGAAAACAGCCACUGAAGCACAAGUAAAGAAGGGUUAUCACAAGGUAUCACUGAAGGUUCAUCCAGACCGUGUUGCACCAGAAGAAAAAGAUGCUGCCACUGUGAAGUUUCAAACAAUAGGAAAAGUUUACUGUAUCCUCUCAAAUAAGGAGAAAAGAGCUGUCUAUGAUGAAACAGGUAUGAGACAGUUAUUUUUAUGCCACCGCAGCAUCUGCGAUGCGGUGGCAUAUA